GAGGCGCAGGCGCACCGUGCCGCCCUUUUGCCUGCCAAUCUCGCCGGAAUGCUCCUUUGCUUCCUUAUAGGGAUAGUCAUUUUUAAAAAACGGAAAUGUAAAGCGGUUGCAAUGGGCAUGUGGACAGUGCUAGAGGUUAUUCUGGUCGGAGCCAUGCUGAUGUACGCUUCUGCGGCAUCACAGUUCAUAGAGGACGCAAAAUGGCGCUGCAUUGUAGGCGCGUGGCUUCGUGAGCUCGGGUUCGUAGCGUGCUACGGAUCAGUGGUAUUACGCUUGUGGGUGCUACUUGCUGAAUUCCGUACCAGGAAGGCGCAUCGGUGGACUCCGAGAGAUGCCGAGGUUCUGCGCGUGGUGGGCGCGAUGCUGGCGGGUUGUGUGUGCUAUAUGGCCGCGUUCACU